AUGGCUCUUUAUCUUCACGCCGAUAUCGUCGAAUUGACGGAUGAGCGAAGACUGCUCAAGGCCAGAUCCUCGUGGGCCCACUACUCCCGAGUACACCGACUGAAGAAGCGCCAUUUGCCUGGCACUUCCAAGUCAUUGCCCGAAACCCACCGAGAAAAGCGAAGCCGCAACUCUACUACUACCGGUAGCAGCAAAGUCAAUGAAAUGAUUGCGAUGAAUCAAGAACGAUGCUCGCCUCAAAUGGGACAAUGCCGAUGGGAAAGUGCUGCCAAGACCGAGGCAGCCGCGGCGUCCUCGCCCAAAAGGGGAUGUGGCCGUCCCACGCUUCCCAGACGCCAACAGUCCAUUGAACAUCCAUCCAACGAAGAAAAAACAGAACCCCAAAGGAUGCGCAGGAACAAACUCAACGAAGCCGCCAAGGACGAAAACACUUUGCGCAGUUUCCGACGAUCCUUCCACUCGGAAGCAAGCAAAGCCCGUUUCGCGGCGUCCUCGACCUUGAAGUACUCUUCUGGUGCAGCGAGGUGCUUGUAA